AUGAAUGAGACUGAUGAUUUUACAUAUGUUCAACGGCGUCUUUGUGCUGUUAUGGCCAAAUCAGAAUGGACAUCGUCUCGUAUGCGUAUGCAAAAAAGUGGCGACGAAUUACGUGAGCGAAGAGCAAAAUCACAUCAAACCGCAAAUAAAUUUUUACAAGAACUUCUUGAUAAACGAACCGAUAGCGAUUUGAUUGACGAUAAUGGAGCAGUGGAUCGAUAUAAUAAAUUUGUUAAAUAUAAAUCAGCGUUAAAUGAUGAUACAAAUAGUACAUUGGACGAAUUCGAUCGACGUUUACGUGCUUUAAAUAGUAAUCGACGCAAUCAAACAAACACAUUGAACAAUGAAAAUAUAAACAUAAUCGAACAAAAGCAGCGUCAACAAUUUAUCAAUGAUUUACAGCCAACAAUUGAAAUAGAAAAUGAUAAGAAAGGAGUUAACAUACAACAAAUAAAUCAUGAAGAACGCGCUAAAUCCUCUCGAAUAUUACCAUCACUAGCAACCAUUCCUACCACAUCAACUCCAAACGAUACGUCAAACGAAUCCAUUACUCAUGAAUUUCAUGAUGAUGAAAUUCAAGAAUUAUCAAAUGUUCAAUCAGUAAAUAUAUCUUUUAUCGAUAGUCAAGCAAAUCAUAUUGAUUCUCCUAUACACGAGAAUAAUUCAUCGCUGUUAGAAAAAACUGAAACCAUAAAUUCUUCAACAUCAUCAUUAAAUGAUUCGUUAACACAAAUUAUAUAUGCGCCGAAAGCUCGUCGACCGGACGGUACUGAAGUUGUUUGUUCAUCACCUAAUAGUCCAUUACCAUAUGCGUCGUCUAGCAUUUCAUUACUCAAUCACAUUCAUUUUCCACGUUCAUUAACUUCAAGUGAAAAACUCAAAACACGUGCAACAUCAAAACGGCAAUUACCUUUUCUACCAUGUUUACAAUCAUCCGAUGACAACGAAAUUCAACAUGAACAGUUUGAUACAAACCAAUUAUAUGAUCUACUUGAUCAUUUAGAAAAAGAUUCUAACCAAGAUUCACAAAUUGACUUCACUGAAAAGCUGGAUCAAUUAACUUUAUCAAAUGUUAUUUAUCAUCAUCAAGAACCUAUACAAACUGAUUUUUCAACAGAAAAUCAGUCAUUAAUCAAUCAUAACGAUCAAGAUUAUAUUCUACCGAAUUUAUUCAAUCAAUCACCAUCAUCAACACAAGAAAAACUUUUUUAUACAACAUUAACUAUUCCUGUCGAUGAUCCAAAAAAUAUUUUUCUAUACACAAUGACGGCAAGUACAGUACAGAUCAGUGCAUCUAUAUUAGUUCCAUAUUCAAUUCUUGGUGGAAGACGACCCGUAUUGAAAUGUUCGAAACAAACACAUUUUAAACAAAUUCGUUCUAAACAACAGAAACACAUAUGUCAAGUAACCGCCAUUGAAUCAUCAUUAAAUUUAAAAGAUCUUCAGCAAAAUGAUAUUAUACUAAAAAUAAACGAUCGAUCUGUAUGUGGUGUAACGACAGAUGAAAUUAUUGAUAUUUUAAAACAAUAUUACAAAAAAUCUAAUAAUUUUUCUUUGACGAUUGCUCGAUUAUGUCAGCCAUUUCUUUAA